CUUGUAGUUUUCGAUGGACUUAUUUGAGAACACGUAACUUUCGUCCUGUGAUUUGGCUCGUAUCGUAGUUCAUCCACGUAUCUUAUAUUUACAGAUACACAUAUGGAGAUUGUACCCCUCUCCGAUGGGACAGCGUGGUUUGGAAGCAAUGAAGUAGAAAAUGGCUACAGACACUGGAGAUAUUAUAAAACAAGGCUAUGUUAGAAUACGUAGUUGUAAACUUGGGAUCUGGCAGAGAAGAUGGAUUAUGUUGAGGAAAACUACACAUAAAGGCCCGUGUCGGCUGGAAAAGUACUUCGAUGAAAAGACAGCACGUUGUCGAGGUGCACCCAAAGUUGCCUUGCUAAACACUGUUACGAAUGUGUCCAGGCUUACACCAAGCAUCAAGAAACAUGCAUUUUCAAUCUGCUUUAAAGACUCCAUAAAAUGUUUGGCGUGUGACUGUGAUCUGGAAGCAGACAGGUGGGUAAAAGUAUUAGCUCAAGAAUGUCUUGAACCAGAAUCAAAUCUUAAUAAUAAAGAGCCUGACAUACUCAGUCCUGGAAUACAGAGAGAACUGAAAGAACAAUUCCAUGUGUACCUUAUGCCAACACCUAAAUUGGAUGUAUUUGGAGAGUGUUUAUUGCAAGUAACACAUGAAAAUAUUUACCUGUCAGAUAUUACUAAUCCACAAAUUAAAUUAGUAAAAUGGCCUUUAACUGCCCUAAGGAGGUAUGGAAGUGAUCCUGAAAAAUUUUCCUUUGAAGCUGGAAGGCACUGCUGCACAGGGGAAGGAAUGUUUAUUUUUCAUACAGUGGAAGGAGAUAAAAUAUAUUGUAAAGUUCACCAGGCAACUUUAGCCAUAGCCAGAGCUCAUUAUAAAGCUAAAAACCACAGAGAUAAAUCUUGUGCAUCUGUUAAGGAGUCACUCCUUCAGAAAAAAGGAACCACUUCUCAUACCAUGACUGCCGUGGUGAAUUCUUGUAAAGACUUGUCCUCUCAUUCAGAAUCUCAUCCGACAGAGUCUCAAGUAAUUGAAAAAGUUGCACAGGAUUGCAUAUUCAUACCUGAAGCAGCAGCACAAGAGAAUACUAAUGAUAACCUAGAAGGCUUAACUUGGAGAUGUUCUGCUGGUGUUACUUCUAAAUGUAGUCUCCGAUCUCAUUUGUUGCAGAUUAAUGUAGCAUCUCAAGGCCAGUAAUAGUAGAUUAUUACUGAGUAAACAUUUCAUGUCGUAUUCAUGGUUGUAGCAUCAUAGGUAUGUAUGUUUGUGUGGAUAUUUGUUUAACAACAUAGUAUGAUACAUUCCUUAACCAGAACAAACUUCAGUUUCUGAACUGUAUUGACUUUAUGUUGUUUUUGGCUCAUUAGUAUUGUAAAUGUACAUCAAAACAGCUGAAGUUCCAGAAAAAUGCUUUUUAGAACAUUUUAAUGAUUGCAAAACAACUGAGAAGACCAUUUUAUUAUACAAACAUGAAAGGUAUGCCUUGAGGAACCUUAUCUAGAUGAAUGCCUAGUUUAAACAUUCUGUCUCUUCUUUGUUUACCAGUAGAAUUUCAAUGUAAGAAUGAAGAUUCUUUUAAUGAAAAAAUUCUCAGGUGGGAGAUAUAUCAGGAGGUAAGAAUGAACUAAGUUUAAACUUUCAAUCUAGAGGUACACAGAAGUAACCUAUUCCUUACCAGCAUUCCAUUUUUGGAAAAUACUUUUAUUUUAUUACAUAUCCUGAUUAAUUGCUUUUAAUCAUUUUGUAUUGAUGGUUCAGUUUUAAUAAACUGUGUUCUGAAAUAAGUCAGCUGUUUAUGCAACUUUUGGAAUUGUAGCAAAAUAUGAAGUGCAUGGUAAGGUUUAUAAUAUUUUAUUAUUAAAACAUCAUAUUUUGGGGUUAUUAUCCUAUAAUAAAAGUGUUUCUGGGAUAUCACUAUCUAAGUGAUAAUUGUGCCUUUUUUAGGUUUUAGUACAUCUUAGGUUUGUCCUCUAAAUACCCAAUUUUCAGCUGAAAAUUAAGUUAAGUUUGAUUUUACUAUAUCUUUUAUUGAUAAAAUACACGUAACUUGUGUCUUAUGAUAUUAGUUCAGGUUUUGAUGAGAAAUAUUAUGAUUGAAAUACUAUUUAUAAUAUUAAACAUGUUAGUUUGUAACUGACUAGCAUGUCAUUUAAUGAUAUGGCACACCUAAUCGUA